AGUUUGGAACCUAUCUUCAGGUCGGUACACUGGCAAAUGUCAAUCACCUAUUAAAAAAUAUCAACAUUCUACAGAAAUUCUGGGUUAAUUGACAAAGAAUGAAUAUUAAAUUAGUUAAUGAUGUUUAAGAAGCGUUUUAAUUGAUAUUAAGUCCGGAGUGUUCUUUUUCAAAUGGUUUAAAAUGAAUCGAAGGAAAAGAAAGUGGAAAACUUUAAAAUGAAGAUAAUAACGUUCACCCUUCAUAUAAUUCUCAUAUAUUUAUUUUCGAAUCACACAAUUUCAUCAGAGUAUCUAAAUAGAAAUUAUAAUGAGACGGCAACAGAAGAUUUUAUAGAAUCACCUUUAUGCUGCAACUUAACAACAGAAAGAGUGGCAGUCAAUUACUCAUCAAAAAUAGUUGAAAAUGAGUACAUAGUGAUGUUCAAUGCUUAUUACAAAAGUAACACAAGAGAAAAUUACAUCAAUACAGCAUUAAAUUCAUCGGGAAUACAAAAGUGGAAGAUCCUUAGCAGAGAAAAUCCAGCUAGUGAAUACCCCAGUGAUUUCGAUGUAGUGAUAAUAGAAGAUAAUGAUAAACUAGAAGGCUUGAAUGCUUUGAAUGAUCAUCCAGCAGUUAAGAGAGUUACUGCUCAACGCAUGGUCUCUAGAACUCUGAAAAUAAGUCCGUUUACAAGAAUUGGUAGAACAAAUUUGAAUACGAAACCUCAGUUUAGACAUACAAACAGGAGGUUAUUGAGGGCUAUCCCUAGACAGAUAACUUCAGUGUUGCAAGCAGAUUCCCUUUGGAAUAUGGGCAUUACUGGCAAAGGAGUAAAAGUUGCUAUAUUUGACACUGGUUUAUCAAGAAAUCAUCCUCACUUUAGAAAAAUAAAAGAACGCACUAAUUGGACCAAUGAAAAGACUUAUGAUGAUGGUCUUGGCCAUGGAACUUUUGUUGCUGGAGUAAUUGCUUCAAGUAAAGAAUGUUUGGGAUUUGCCCCUGAUGCCGAACUGCACAUUUUUAGAGUUUUCACCAACAAUCAAGUAUCUUACACCUCUUGGUUUUUAGAUGCUUUCAAUUAUGCCAUUUUAAAGAAGAUUAAUGUUUUAAAUUUAAGUAUUGGUGGUCCAGACUUUAAGGAUCAUCCCUUUGUUGACAAAGUUUGGGAAUUAACAGCAAAUAGAGUGAUAAUGGUAUCUGCUAUUGGUAAUGAUGGACCUCUUUAUGGUACUUUGAACAACCCAGCAGAUCAAAUGGAUGUUAUAGGGGUUGGAGGUAUCAAUUUUGAGGACCAAAUUGCCAAAUUUUCUUCAAGAGGUAUGACAACAUGGGAAUUACCACAAGGUUAUGGUCGAGUUAAACCAGAUAUAGUAACUUAUGGUUCAGCUGUUAAAGGCUCUCACAUCAAAGGUGGCUGUCGAUCAUUAUCUGGAACUAGUGUAGCUUCACCAGUAGUAGCUGGAGCUGUUGUUCUGUUGACUAGCGCAGUUUUACAUCGUGGUGAUGUUAUCAAUCCAGCAAGUGUCAAACAAGCUCUUAUGGCUUCUGCCAGAAGAUUACCUGGUGUUAAUAUGUUUGAACAGGGUCAUGGGAAGCUGAAUUUAAUGAAAGCUUAUCAUAUAUUGAACAGUUACACCCCUCAAGCCAGUCUCAGUCCCAGCUAUAUCGAUCUCAGCGAAUGCCCUUAUAUGUGGCCUUAUUGCACUCAACCUCUUUAUCACACUUCAAUACCAGUUAUAGUAAACGUUACUAUCUUAAACGGCUUAGGAGUUUCCGGUCGCAUUGUAAAUAAACCACAAUGGCAUCCUUAUACUCCUCAGCAAGGUCAUUUGCUGGAAGUAGCGAUUACUUACUCGGAAAUACUGUGGCCUUGGUCUGGAUGGAUGGCUGUACAUUUGUCUGUUUCUAAAGAAGGAUCUGCAUAUGAGGGAUUUGCACAAGGUCAUGUGAUUGUUACAGUCGAAUCACCGCCAGGAAACGGCGAAUCAGAAACUAGACAAAGUAUAGUUAAAUUACCUAUUAGAGCGAAAAUUAUUCCUGUACCGCCUCGCCAUAAAAGAGUACUUUGGGAUCAGUAUCAUAAUUUAAGGUAUCCUCCAGGUUAUUUUCCUAGAGAUAACCUCAAAGUGAAAAACGAUCCAUUAGAUUGGAAUGGCGAUCAUAUUCAUACGAAUUUCAAGGAUAUGUAUCAAAAUUUAAGAAAUACUGGGUAUUAUGUAGAAGUUUUAGGCGCCCCUUUUACUUGUUUCGACGCAUCUCAUUAUGGUACUCUCUUAAUCGUCGAUCCUGAAGAAGAAUUUUUUCCUGAAGAGAUAAUGAAAUUAAAACGGGACGUAGAUACAGGUCUUUCGGUUAUAGUUUUUGCAGAUUGGUAUAAUGUCACUGUAAUGAAGAAAGUAAAAUUUUAUGAUGAAAAUACUAGACAGUGGUGGAUGCCGGACACGGGUGGUUCCAAUGUGCCUGCUCUUAACGAAUUAUUGUCAUUGUGGGAUAUCCAAUUAGGAGAUAGAGUUUUCGAAGGAAAAUUUUCGUUAAAUAACCAUGAUGUAUAUUACGCUUCUGGUACUAGCAUUAGAACAUUUCCUAAGGAAGGGGUGGUAAUAGCCAGAGAAUUGUCCGACCAGGGAAGUGAGAUAUUAGGCGAGUCUGACACAACCAAAAACACGGUACAGAUUCUAGGUUUAAUUCAGACUAAAUCGACAGAUAAAAAGAGCGGUAGAAUAGUCGUUUAUGGCGAUUCAAAUUGUAUAGAUUCAAGUCAUUUGGAUACGGCCUGUUAUUGGAUGUUAGAUGCAAUGUUAGAAUAUACGGCAACCUCACAUAUGCCUUCUGUGUUCAAAGAUAACCAAUUGUUAGAUUGGGAGGAUUUAGCUGAUAUUGGAGUUCCUCAUCGAAUGGAAGGAAACCGAUUGUACAGAUACUCAAACGUUUUAGAAAAAGUUCUGGGAGAGGCUCAAGCUCGACCAAUACCACCAUGUCCACAUUUGAUAUAUACUCAACCAGUACCAUUGAAUGUAUCGGCACCCGGCAAUCUUUAUCAAUCUCAAAAAUUGCUAUCAUUAAUAGAAGACGUUAACGUUGUUCUACCAAUAGAUAACAAUAUUAAAGAUUAAAUUAUUUUUCAGAUGCUUCCGGUUUGGAUAGCAAAGGAGAAUUUUUAGAAUGGAGUUGGCGCAACAAACCGUCGAAUGUAUCGAAUAAAAACGAAAGUUUCGAUCUUACCCUCACCCUUCUCGUAUUUUUAUCUUGUAUCGUUAUAUAUUACAGCAUAAAAUGGUACAAACCAAAACCAAAGAAACGAAAGCUGUGCAAAAGAUUGUUAUCUAUCGUUAAUUGUAGACGCACUUCAACCGUUUGAGAUUUUACUUAUAUAACUAACAAAUAGUUAUAUUUUUUAGGAAGCAAAAGAUGAAGUUCGAAAUAUUUCACAAAAGCGGAUUUUUUUGUCAUUAUGUGGGAAUAUACUUCUCUUCGAAAUGAUGGACAUUCGGAUUCUUAUAUUUUUUAUAAAGUAAAUUUUUUUGACGAUUCCAUUUUGUAGUGUUCUUGAUUGUAUAAAUCACAACCUUUAAAUUUGCCUUCUGGUUAAAUGAGAGAAAUAUUUAGUUGUUUAUAAUUUGAGAUUAUUAUUAGUUGAAUUCAAAAAAAUCACAAGACUAUUUAGGCUAUACAAUUAUUUUGGUUAUUAUCCUUUCCUCAGUAAUUUAACAAUUGCCUAUAUGCAGUUAUCAAAUAUUCUGGCAUUCUUGAAUGUGUAAAGAGCUUACAAAAUAUUCGAGAUACAAUCGGAUUGGCCUUCAAAGCUUCGAUGACAAAAGGGUAGAAAGUUGACAAAUGGAAAAUGUAUCAAUCUAGUAUAAGUUAUAUAAUGUUUUAUUUAGCAAUACUUGAAAGAAGAAUAUUUUAAAGAACAAACAUUUGUGAAAUAUUUAAACUUAACGUUUCUUUCCAUUAACGAAAAUGGCUUUUAAUAUUAGAAAACCAUGGUGAUCAAAUGUAAAUAGUUUUAUUUUUAUUUUAUGGUGAAUCUAAAAUAAAAAAUUAACAACUGAAA